AUGUCCAGUCUAGAUGUUGCCUUGGAGCAGCAAAGCAAUGCUGCCAAAACAAAACUGAAAGAACGUGCCGGCAAAUCACGAUUGGUCGCAGACAGCAGCACUGGAGUCCGAGACAUUCAGAACGUGCUGAGAAACUUCCUCACCUACAAAGAAACUAGUGACCUGCAUGCUUUGAUCUCUCCAGGAAAAUUUGUGAAGCUCACCUGGAAGUCUCAACCAGACCCAGAGUACAUGGUGAAAAUGGCGAACCUUUGCUACGACUUGGCUGAUGCACAGGACUUUGACAUCUCUGAAUUUGAGAAGAUCAGCAGCAAUCAGCUUCAGCCUUUACCUCAUGCUGCCCCAGCUACACCUACAAAAGGUCCAACUUCGUCCAAUUCUGUUGGCUUCAGCCCCGAUGCAUCGAAAACAGAGCCUCAGGGCAGAUUCACCGGAAGUUCGGCAUCCUUUCGCAUGAGCCGACUUGAGUUGGGACCCCCAUCACCUGUGAAGCGCAAGUUGAACCUAGAUGAGAAGUUGCUUUAUGAAGCAGAGGGCCACAUCCCAAAGAAGGCAGUGCCAAAGUCGAAGGCAGGGCCCAUGAAGAGGCCAGCCAUCAAGCGUCCACCAUCCUCUCUCCCUCCAACCAACUCUCAUGAGCCUAAUGAAGUUCCUGGUGAAGGAGCAGUUGGUCAUGCUGAUGAUGGCGAUGAACGAGGUGAUGAACCGCCCACUAAGCUGAUGUUCCGGAAGAAUGUCCACAGCAGGACCUACAACAAGGAAAAAAAUGCACAACUCAAGGGAGGCGCUGACCUCGAAACUGCGAAGGAUGCUGCCUGUUCCGCUGGUGCUGCUGCUGUGCGAGAGGCUGAGGCACAAGGUCUUCUUGAGGAUUGA